GCAGAUCAGACUGCUACAACCUCCUGAGCCGGUGCAUGGACGGGGAAUCCGCGGCGAUCCCGGCGCUGUGCGGGCGCCUGCCGUCGCACGCGGACGGGUGCCUCCCGGUCUCGGCGUUCCUCACGGCGUCGCCGCUGCCGUACGUCCCGCCGGACGAGCAGGCGACGUCGCCGUGUCGGAAGAAUCCGUGCUCGCCGUCGCAGGUGUGCGUGCCGACUCGGCGGUGCCGGCACGGGCUUCCGGAGUCGCACUGCCCGACGUACACUUGUGUGCCCGGCUGCGUGCUGGGCGAAGUGAGCAGCUUCACGGUCGAAGCCGGCACGUGGGUCCGGAUCCCCCAGGCGACCCCCGUCGGCAAGAAGGCCUGGGACGCAGGGAAGGCCUGGGACAUCGGACGAAGGCAGAGCGAGUGCGAGCGAGUGUGCCAGUGCGGCGCGGACGGGGCGCUGCGGCGAUGCGGCGCCGUCGAGUGCCGGUCGCUCGGACCUUGCUGGCUGGGCAACGCCAGGAUCCAGCACGGCGAGACCGUGAACGUUGACUGCCAGAAGUGCAUGUGCCACUACGGCGACCUGGUGUGCGGACGUCGACGGUGCCCCCGGGCGUCACCCGUGACGUCAGUGGACGCCCAGCGGCCCUGCGACUGCCCGAGCGAGCGAACGCCCGUGUGCGGACGGAACGGGGUCACCUACCCCAAUUCGUGCCAUGCCUUGAUCGCGGUGUCGCGAGGGGAGGCGCCGGAGGGGAAUCCGUUCACGGCGAGGGAGGUCGCGAGGAGGUUGUCGUCGCUGGUGCAGGUGGCGCAGUGCGAGGUGACGGCGUACGUGUGGACGAGGGGGGAGGUGGUGGCGGUGGUGUCGCCGGGGAGGGCGAGGGCGUCGCGGGUGCAGGCGUCGGCGUGCAAGGAGGAAGCGAGGAAGAUCGCGAGCGCGAUCGAACUGCGCGGUCCGCAGGUGCUGAGCGACGCGGUGCUCGGUACGCUGACGGUGGCGGAGGCGGUGCCGCCGUGGAGCAGCGCGGGGCGGCGCGUGGCGGAUCCACGCGUCGCCCUGGUCCUGUCGGUCCUGUGGUGCUUACGCCGGCUGUGA